AGGGCGGGUGCUUUUUGUACUUGCCGCUGUGUUGGGGGCGGCGUUGCCUCCCUAGGCAGCUCCUCAGAGCCAGUUCUGACCCUUGGGGGUGGUGAUUCCGGCUCUGGGGACCAUCUAAACAGGACUUGUCCUGCCCACCUGUUCGCCCUUCCUGAUGCCUGGAGCUCUGGGCAUCGCGGCGGGGGUGGCCUGGUAAAAGCCAGGUUCGGUGCCCAGGUGGCUGUGUCCUCCCUGUGGUGUCUGUCAGCGGCCUGCAGUGCUUUUUGCACGUCUUUGCAUCUGGCACAGACUGGUUCCAGGAGACCCAGACCUUAUCUGCCACAGGGCAAAAAAAAUGAAAAACUAGUUAGUAGCACUUUUUAAAUUUGUUUUCUUUAUUUUUUAUCAGGAUGUAAGUGUCUUAUUCCAUUUGUGCUGCUACAACAAAGCACCACACACAGGGCAGCCUAUAAAAACAACAGACAUUGAUUUCUCACAGUGAGGAGGCCGGAUGUCCGAGGUCAGGGGGCCAGCAGGGGCGGGUGAGGCCCUCUUCCUGGCUGCAGACUUCCUGUGUCCUCCCGUGGAGGAAGGGGCAAGGGAGCUCUGUGGGGUCUCUUAUCAGGGGGACUCCACCUUCAUGACCGAAGCACUCCCAAAGGCCCCACCUCAUAACACCCUCACGUUGGGCAUUAGGAUUUCAACACAGACAUAUACAUUUGGGGGACACGGACAUUCAGACCAGAGCAACAAGCAUACUUCAGGAUACUUCACACUUUUUCCCUUCGGCAGUUUGCAGAGGUCAUCCUAGGCAGAGGCCUUUUGCUUUUGUGCUUCUCUGGGACUCACCGCAGGUGGGAAUCUUGUCGCCUUCUCCCUCUCCGCCCCCCUGUGCCUCAGGCCCGCUGGGUUUGAGUUAAUCCCAUCGGGUGACGUGAGGCUUAGUCAAGUGCUCUCACCUGAGAGGAGGUGUGUCAUCUCUCUGUCUUACUGGUGUGGACAAGGGCUCACACCCCCUCGUGGCCCUGAGGUCAUUGUUUGUGAAACAGGAGCAUCGUGGACACACCCCACAUCCCCUGCUUUUGCCGACCCGACCCGUCUGUCCACCGGGUGCAGUCUGAGUCUUGGUCUUAGCAGGUGCCGGACUGGUGUGUGGAAGGACUGUGGCUUUGGCAGCGGCACCAUCCUGAAGCCUCUGCUUCUGAAGCCACACGACUCACGUGGGAUUCGAGCUCAGGGGAUGAGCCUCGAGCUCACUGUUUUAAUUGAAACCACACACCUAGGCUCAGGACUUAAUGAAGCUCAGGCUGUGUAUGUCGGCGGUCCCUAACCUUUUUGGCACCAGGAGCCGGUUUCGUGGGAGACAGUUUUUCCACGGACAGGGUGGGGGGGGUGGUUCAGGCGGUAACGCCAGCGAUGGGGAGAGGCAGGUGAUGCUGUGCGACCCGGUCCGGUACCCGUCCGCGGCCUGGGGGUUGGGGACCCCUGCUCUAUGUCUCAGCAGAAGGAAUUCAUAGUAAGAGGUAAAGUGAUGGGUGAGAAGUGGAAUUAUUUAGAGAAGUACGCAUUCCUCAGAAUGUGGUCCGUCUCAAAAGGCGAGAGCGGCCCUGGAAUACGGGGUGGUUACUUUUUAUGGGCCGGCUAGUUUCAUAGGCUAACUAGUAGGAGGGUUGUUUCAGCUUGUUCAGGGGAAGGGCAGGGGCCUCGGAACUGUGGGGCCCGUGGGUGUGUCAUUUAGCUGAUGUACUACAGUGAGCAUAUAAUGAGGCUCUGGGGGGCGAGUCUUCCACCAUCUUGGGCGUGGUUGGUUCUAACCAGUUUUUGUCAUAUCUGACAUCUGUGUGUUCUUUAAGGAUUGUGCUCUGCCCCCUCCCCUCCUGGUCUCACGUCCCUCCCAGGAGGGUGUGCACUGCCUACGGAUGUAUCUGCUGCAUCUAAAUAUACCAGGUGACUUUCCCGCCUGAGAAAGAGCCUAUCAGAAACUCCGCUUCCCCAUUGCUGCCGGCAGCAGAUGUUCGCCUUGCACUUGUUGCUGUUCUGAAGCGGGGAGUGUGGUCUCAUUGCUCCUGUAAUUUCAUACACUUAUUCAGCAAACAUUGAGCCACUGGCUGCUCUGCUGGGGCAGGAAGGGGGGUGUGAGAGCGACAAGGCAGAGGACCUCGGUGAGAGGAGGGGCCUCGGCGACAGGGUGACAUGGCCAAGCACCAGCCGAGGGGCAGGAGCCACCCAGCCAAGGGGCGGCCCGGGCAGGGUUGAGCACCCCAGGAACGGUGUAGGGGCGGGCUGGGGGUGGCCUUGGAGCCGAGAACAGUCACUGUGUUCCCAUGGGGGGGGCAGGACAGGACGGUGCUGCCGCGGCCCAGGUUCUGGAUCUGUGCGGCGGGAAGCAGCUCAGGUCACAGGCACGGGCUCGGGCAGGAGCUGGCCUGGCCCAAGGCCUCGUGGCCGGCCACCAGCACCCACUGGGGAGGCUGUGAAUGGGGCGCCUGUGGCCGGGUAUGGUCAGCCCGUAGUGCAAAUGACUGUCCACCUCUGCUGGGUUCCCAGAGGACCAGAGCUGUGCCGUUAACAAAGGUCGGUCUCCGUUUUCGGGUGAAUUCUGGGGUACUUUUAUUCACUCCUUGCAUUCUAAUCGAAGGCUCCGGUUGAAAUUCUAAUUAGAGUCGUGUUGCCUUUACACGCACAGACACGCACGCACACACGUUUUGGGGGAGUGGGCAUUUCUGGUGGACGGAGGGGUGGGCGGUGCGGGCCAGCCUCUCUCCGCCAAGGCUUCUGCUCCCCAGAGGCAGCCACGGUCAGGAGUUCAGUGUGUAUUUUCCUGAAAGUUGUGGUAAACGUACUCAUCCACUGGACGUUUCACAAAGAAAGUGAGGUGGGGGCUCCCUGACAUGCUCCCCCAGAGGCCCACAGUGUGAGGUGAGGCGUCCUGCUUGGUGAGCUGCCUGCCUGAGGGGGCUGACCUCAUUCUUGCGUCGUUUUUCCCCGAGCAAUCUGCCUGCUGGGCUUCUGUGUCCCUGUUGCGGACCCGCCUCGGCCUCCAGGUGAUGUCAGCCCCAUCACCCUGCCAGGGGAGCUCUUGGUCCCCACUUCUGUGUGGCAGUUGGGGGGUGACAGAUAGCUUACUUGGCCUGGCAUUUCCCCAGAACCUGCCCACCGUCGGGCCUCCCUGUCAGGUGCUCAAACCAAAUCCCUGGGUCACUCUGGACUCCCACCAGAACCCAACCCCCACUGGAGCCGCCACCGGGGCAGGACCAGGCGUGGCCAGGGCAUCGGUGGGCCACAGGAGGGCCUGGCAUGGGGCCCCCACAGGAGUGCGGCCCUGGCAGGACUGUGCACGCCCAGCCUCUCUGGAGGCAGCCAGGCCCGGUGCCUCCCUGGAUGACAGCUUGGCUCCUGUGAGGACGCGCUCACCCGGGCCUGUGCGUGCACUGCAGGCCGUGCCAGUCCCACAGGCUCCUCCGAUUUCCAUCUUCCUCAGAUACCCCAGGGAUCAGGUGAUGGCAGCGGCCAGGCUCCUGCCGCCACCGGCGGUGCCCCAGGCCAAGGUGACCUUCGAGGACGUGGCCGUGCUCCUCUCCCAGGAGGAGUGGGACCGCCUGGGCCCUGCUCAGCGGGGCCUCUACCGACAUGUGAUGAUGGAAACCUACGGGAACGUGGUCUCCGUGGGAAUUCCAGGAACCAAGCCCGAGGUGAUCUCGCAGCUGGAGCGAGGAGAGGAGCCGUGGGUCCUGGACAAACAGGGAAAUGAGGGGCGCCGGGGCCUGGGCACUGGCCGCUCAGACAACUUCACGUAUGACCACAUGACAGCUUGUGUGCAACAAGACAGCACGUCCUGUCCCUGGGGAUGUGAAAACACGGAGCGGGACCAGAGCAGAGCCUUGAGUCUGAGGCCGCUCACUUCACAGGAAGCACCAACGGCUCUGAGGAGAACGCCAGCCGAGUGGAGUGACCAGGGAAGCUGCGAGCCUGAGGAGAGCUUCUGUCUGAGUCCCAGCCACGCCGGCCCCCCUGAAGGCCGGGCCUUGAGUCAGGGCAUGCCUGUCGCUCAGCGACCAGCCGUUCCUGGCGGGGAGAGACCCUACCGGUGCGUGGAGUGCGGGAAGUGCUUUGGGCGGAGCUCCCACCUCCUCCAGCACCAGAGAACCCACACCGGGGAGAGGCCCUACGUGUGUGGCGUGUGCGGCAAGGCCUUCAGCCAGAGCUCGGUCCUCAGCAAGCACAGGAGGAUCCACACGGGCGAGAAGCCCUACGCGUGUCACGAGUGUGGAAAGGCCUUUCGAGUGAGCUCAGAUCUGGCUCAGCAUCACAAGAUCCACACGGGGGAGAAGCCACAUGAGUGUCUCGAGUGUCGCAAGGCCUUCACACAGCUCUCCCACCUGCUCCAGCACCAGCGCAUCCACACCGGGGAGAGGCCCUACGUGUGCGGCGUGUGCGGGAAGGCCUUCAACCACAGCACUGUGCUGCGCAGCCACCGGCGGGUGCACACCGGGGAGAAGCCGCACGCAUGCGCGGAGUGUGGCCGCGCCUUCAGCGUGAAGAGGACGCUGCUCCAGCACCAGCGGGUCCACACCGGGGAGAAGCCCUACGCCUGCGGCGAGUGUGGCCGCGCCUUCAGCGACCGCUCCGUCCUCAUCCAGCACCACAGCGUGCACACAGGCGAGAAGCCCUAUGAGUGCAGCGAGUGCGGCAAGGCCUUCCGGCACCGCUCCACCCUCCUGAACCACGAACGUAUCCACACCGAGGAGAAGCCCUAUGGCUGCUACGCAUGCGGCAAGGCCUUCGUGCAGCACUCCCACCUGACCCAGCACCAGCGGGUCCACACCGGCGAAAAGCCCUACGUGUGCAGCGAGUGUGGCCACGCCUUCAGUGCCCGCAGGUCCCUGGUCCAGCACCAGCGGGUCCACACGGGUGAGAGGCCAUUCCGCUGUGCACAGUGCGACAAGGCCUUCAGCCUGAAGGCCACGCUGAUCGUGCACCUGAGGACCCACACAGGCGAGAGGCCCUAUGAGUGUAGCCGCUGCGGCAAGGCCUUCAGCCAGUACUCGGUGCUCGUGCAGCACCAACGCAUCCACACAGGCGAGAGGCCCUAUGAAUGUGGGGAGUGCGGCCGCGCCUUUAACCAGCACGGCCACCUGAUCCAGCACCAGAAGGUACACAGGAAGCUGUGACCUUGGCCGCACGCGAACCUGCACUUGGGAACCUGGGCACCCGGCCCCAGGAAGCCUCCAGUCCAAGGGAGGUGCCCGUCAGCGUCACCAAGUAUCACUGAGAAGGGAAGCACUGACAUGUCUCUGGAAGAACUUCAGAGGAUGCCUCAUUUUUUUCUCUCAACUUCUUGAGGUUACACUGCAGAGUAAUUACACAAUUGUAGAGAAUUUUGGUGAAGACAGUUACAAUUCAUUAUUUAACAUUAGUUUAUUAGAAGUGAGGAAGUAAAGGAAGUUACUGUCACAGUAAAACUUCCUCACACUCCAAAUAGAGGGUUUUUCCUUAGAACAUUAUAUGCCUUUUUCCUAAACUCAACAACUGUUCUGAGUAUUGCACUUAAAAUUAGAAUGUUGGACGAUAUUUUCAGUAUUCUGUUAAGCACUACAAUACUGUGUGGAUAAAAUGACAUAAAAAAGAUUGUCACUAAGUGUC